CUACCCUUGUCCCUUUCCUACUCUCGUGCCCCUUUCCCUCUUUCUACUCCACCUACCGUAGUUUUACUUUUUGUCUCAUUUGUUUCCCUCUUCUGGCAUUCUGCAACUUCCGGCGCAAAUCUGACCACUUCCGGUCAGAUCUCGCCUCCACUCGCCGAAUUCCGGCGAUUUCUACGGCUAACUUUGUUCGGUAAGCUUGUCUUCGCGUGGUGAAGCAAUUUAGUCAGGAAUUAAUGGACCAGUAUGAAAAAGUAGAGAAGAUUGGAGAAGGAACUUAUGGUGUAGUUUACAAGGCUCGUGACCGUUUGACGAAUGAGACUAUAGCUCUCAAAAAGAUUCGCUUAGAGCAGGAAGAUGAAGGAGUUCCUAGCACGGCAAUAAGAGAAAUUUCCCUCUUGAAGGAGAUGCAGCAUGGAAACAUAGUCAGGUUGCAGGAUGUUGUACACAGUGAGAAACGCUUGUAUCUUGUUUUUGAGUAUCUGGACCUUGAUUUGAAGAAGCACAUGGAUUCUUGUCCAGAGUUUGGUAAAGAUCCUCGUUUAAUAAAAACAUUCCUUUAUCAGAUCCUUCGAGGAAUUGCUUAUUGCCAUUCUCAUAGAGUUCUCCAUCGAGAUUUGAAGCCUCAAAAUUUACUGAUAGACCGUCGUACCAAUGCACUGAAACUCGCAGACUUUGGAUUGGCCAGGGCAUUUGGUAUUCCUGUGAGGACAUUUACUCAUGAGGUGGUAACACUUUGGUACAGAGCACCAGAAAUUCUCCUUGGGUCCCGCCAUUACUCCACUCCAGUUGAUGUAUGGUCAGUGGGUUGUAUAUUUGCUGAGAUGGUGAACCAGCGACCUUUGUUCCCUGGGGACUCUGAGAUUGAUGAACUGUUCAAAAUUUUCAGACUUUUGGGUACUCCAAAUGAAGAAACUUGGCCUGGGGUGACUUCAUUACCUGAUUUCAAAACUGCCUUUCCCAAGUGGCCUCCUAAGGACCUGACAACUGUGGUCCCUGAUCUUGAACCAGCUGGAGUAGAGCUACUUUCGAAAAUGCUUUGCUUGGACCCCAGUAAAAGAAUUACAGCACGGAAUGCUCUUGAGCAUGAAUAUUUCAAGGAUCUUGGGGUUGUACCUUGACUGCCAUCCCGAUAUCUUCCUCAGCAUAUCGACUUGUCAAUAGAAGAGGGAAAAAUAUUAUUGGAUUUGAUUGUGUUUUACAUGUGUGCUUUCUUUCAUUGUAUUUUUGUCCCUAAUUUUGAUUCAGAUCAAAUUGAACUAGGGUUUUUACUUCUGUAUUCAAACUGUAGUUUUUCUAACGGCUUUUGGCAUGUCUUGAAAUGAAAACGACGUCAAUGUAUGCAGAUUCUGCGCAUGCUCCUUAAAUUUUCCGUCUAUAUGUUAUGAAAUAGCAAUUCUGCCACUUAUUCAAGAUUCA